AUGUCAGAUGAGAAAAACCCAACAGUCUCUGUCAUAGCCCCACUCCAUGCGCUUCUCCUGCAAGCCAUCCAGGGAACCCUUGGAGAUUCUCUGUUUGUCAGAGAGCUGAAAGAAGCCAUCCACCAAGACCUAAGUAAUAGUUACACAUCAGAGGUUGAGAAGGCCACACUGAAUCUAGCUUCAGCGCUAGAUCCAAGGUUUAAAGUGCUGCCAUUCCUGCCAGAGGAGGACAAACAAGAAACAUUGUCAAGAAUGGUCGUCAAAGCUGGGAUAACGGAGGAAACAAAGAUGUCCAGGGACCCCCAUCUGCAAAAAGAAGAGUGUCCUGUGCGCUACAUGAACUAUUUGGAAACACUUUUGGGGAAACCAGCAGGCAGGCAGUGGCACCAGCACUUCCAGAGAAGUCAGCCUGUGACUGUGCAGCAGAGGAGGUGA